UUCCCACCGACCAUCAUCCCGUUGCUUUCGAGGACAUUUUCUUGCCUACUACCCCUUUCCUUCGGAGCCUUUACAGCGACCAUCCAGAUUGACUAUGGAUUCCACUCAGUGCCAAUGUGAUGAUCUCUGUGCCGCCCUUUUGGCCGCCUGUUGUGGAUUAUGUGCCGGGGCAUGUCUCGAUUUUGCAUCUCUUCGCCAUGAUUUUACGGAGAAUCUUUGCAUAUGUCGAAGUCCUUCUAAAAGUGGGAGUAUAGAUGAUGUAGAUGAGAGGGAACCUUUACUAUCUUCAAACCAACAGCCCUCGCCUCAUCCACCGAUGCGUGCAAGCGGGGACUAGUAGGCUUUUAGGGUCAGGUGUCGACUUGUAUCAUAUAUCACUCUAGGUGCACAUUACAACUAUCUAUCGCUUUGCUAAAUUAUAUUUUUCCAUUUAAAUUGACAACGCCUUGUUUCCAAUGAGCAAGGUCACCGGCG